UGCUUCAGUGGUCCUCCGUAGAUCAUUUAAUCUUUUGGUUCAGAACUAAACCCACUCAACUCUGCCUACUACCAGGCUACUAGGUACCUAAUCUUAAGCAACCCGCAACCGCGAAACAAACAAAUGUCAAAAAUAAAUCAUCCUCUUUCCCCAAUUCUUUCUCAUCCUUCAAUUUCAAUUCAUACACUCGUUACUUCAAUCCAUUUCCAAUUCCAUUUACAUCAAUUCCCUUCUUUAUAAUCUUUUGUUUCAUAACUAAGUCUAACGCCAACUCUAACUCCAACUCGACUACUUUUUUUUAUUCCUUACUUUUAUUUAGGGAAGGGUACAAUGCAGGAAUAGGAGAGGGGUCGACCGCGAUUGAAGCGUCGUUCAGGGUUGCUCCAUCGCGUGUUGGAAGAAUACAAGAAGUGUCAGACAUUUAACAACUUAUUCUGCGAUUGGGACUGCGACUGGGACUGGAACUGCGACUUGCGACCGCGACACACGAUAUCGGGGGAUAUCCUAGUAUUAUGGCAACAUCAGACAGAUUGCCACGGACCACACUUGGGCUGGGACUACCGCUGGAGGCAUACAAUAAUUUUCAACAUGAUUCCCUUACAGUGCCACGCCAAUUCUCGGAUUCUGCGAGCAUCGGUUCAUCUGAGAAUGCUGCCAUGAAAGGCAAAAAAAGAGCUGGUUCUCAGCAUGCCAGUCGACCGAAAGCCCACUCGUCCUCGUCUCAUAAGACCUACAGUACGCAAAACACACAUUCGACAAGUGCCACACAAGCCCAAAAUCGCGCAGCUCAAAGAGAAGCUCGUUCACUUCCUGGUAAGUUAUUGGUCCACAGUCAAAUCCUCGACCUGCACUUACCUUUCAAAAGCUUGGAUAAGCUCGUAUGAAGACGACAAUGACCCAACACGGUCACCACCGAAAAGGGUUCCCACCCCUUCAAGAAUACAUCCAGUACAGCAUGAUUUUAUUCCAACUCAAUCAACACGAAGAAUUUCUCUCGAUGGAUAUGUUGAUUCCGAUGAUGAUACAUACAAUGCCAUAAGCGAUAAGAAAGUAGAGACAGGUUUCUUUGGUGGCUUGCGCGAACCGGUCAGAGGAAGGAAAUGGGAUCAUGCUAGAGAUGCGGAACCUGUUAUUGUAAGAUCUGGGGUACAAUCGAAUGCUGCCGUAUGGCGAAAUUUUGUCAAAGCAUCUGAGUAUGGUGCAUCGGAAGGAGAGGAACACACGCUGGUUGACCAUGACUUUUUAAACAAUCUAACCCCUGGCUACGAUAGACCAUGGUGCGGGGAUUUGGAGAAAGGAGAAGGUGAUGAUGACGAUAAUAUCACAUCUCUCAUAUACAACAAAAAAGAAACGGGAAACUUUUGUAAAACGCGUGCAGGUAGGUUCCACGCCCAAAACUUUGUCUUGGAUGAUCAGCUGACGUUACCUAGCAAACUAUUCUCAUGAAUCCUUAUGUUCCCCUUAUUUUUCGACUUAUUGUGCUUAUAACUUCUAUCAUCGCCUUGAGCAUCGCAGCCUCAGUUCAUCAUCUUUCGAAUAAAUAUUCAUAUUCUCAAAGUCCAUCUACAACUAUGGCAAUUGUUGUAGAUGUAAUUGCUAUCCCGUAUACUCUCUACAUGACUUGGGAUGAAUAUACAGGCAAACCUUUAGGCCUUCGGGCACCGAAAGCCAAGAUCCGACUCGUUCUUUUAGAUCUUUUUUUCAUUAUUCUUGAGGCUUCUAAUUUGACCCUAGCAUUUGAUGCGAUAUCAGACAGCAACGGAAGCUGCAAAGUCGGAAACACGGGGUAUAAUGGCGUGGUUUGCCAUAGAGCUAAGACGCUCUGUGCUAUAAUAAUGAUAGCAUUGAUUGCAUGGGGAAUGACUUUUGCAGUUAGCAUAUUCCGGUACGUUGCCUUGCUCGAAGACUUUUUUUACUUGUUGCUAAUGAUCUCAGACUUGUAGAAAGGGUGGGUGGUCGAGAAGAGGCUGAAUGAGUGUGUCUUCAGCCUCUAACUCCUCAGACAAUAUUAUUUCCUUUAGUAAAUCUGGGGCCAUAUAAGGCAAGGCGUUGGGUACAUGUCAGUCGUGUUGAAAAUUAAAAAAAAAAGCAAAAUUUGUACAUCUGAAACUGUUCAUAUGUCAGCGAACAUGGGGGUUGAAGCAACUUUGCUCACCCUACUUUCUCUCGUUUCAAACUCUAAUAUCCCAUUGCCAUUGGCAAUAGGGGCAGAUGAGAACGCCUUUUCCUUUGUUGUACCAUGAUCUAGAUUCAGAACAUGAAAAGAAAAUACCAAACGCCAAUCAGGAUGUUUUAAGCCAUCAAACGCCUAUCAUCUACUUUAUUCACAUACAAUUAUUUCAUCUAAUUAAAGUUUG